AUGGGACAGACGCUAGCUACCCCACUAUCUUUGACGCUUGACCACUGGUCAGAAGUUAAGGCUAGAGCUUAUAGUUUGUCAGUAAGAGUGAAGAAGCAGAAAUGGCAAACCUUGUGUACAUCAGAAUGGCCAUCUUUCCAAACCGGGUGGCCACCAGAAGGAUCCUUCUUCUUAGAAAAGGUCAGACGGGUAAAAGAAAGAGUCUACCAGAGGGGUCCCAGUGGACAUCCUGAUCAGAUCCCCUACAUAACUGUCUGGGAAAACUUGAUUCUCUCUCCCCCUUUGUGGGUCCGCCCAUUUGUUUCACUUUCAGGCCCAUUGAAGACCGAGGUACUCGCUCUAAAAGACGGAAACGAGGAGAUGAAGGCCUCACAUCCCGUGAGAGAAAAAAAGAUUUUAACCACAGACGCUGACCACCUCUUGUUAGAUCCUCCUCCCCCUUAUCCACCACAAGGGAGUACAACCUGGGUGGAACCCUCGGCCCCCUUACUUCACCUGGAGGAGGGAAGCCUAGAGGGUCCGGCAGCUGGGACUCGGAGUAAGAAGGUAGUGUCUCCUGACUCUACUGUCUUGCCUCUGCGGGCGUAUGGACCCCCUGAUGAUCAAGGGAACCAGCUUUUCCAGUAUUGGCCUUUCUCAUCAGCAGAUCUUUAUAAUUGGAGAACUCACAAUCCUCCUUUUUCUGAGGACCCCCAGGCCUUGAUAGGCCUAAUUGAUUCCCUUCUUUUCUCUCAUUGGCCCACCUGGGAUGAUUGUCAACAGCUCUUGCAGGUACUCUUUACAACCGAGGAGAGACAGCGUAUCCUCUUAGAAGCCAGAAAGAAUGUUCCCGGGACGGAUGGCAGGCCCACCUCCUUGCAAAAUGAAAUAGACGCAGCCUUCCCGCUGACCAGACCAGAUUGGGAUUUCAAUACAGCAAAUGGUAGGGAGCACCUCAAAAUCUACCGUCAGACUCUAAUGGCGGGGCUCAGAGGAGCCGCGAGACGGCCCACAAAUUUGGCCAAGGUAAGGGAGACAAUCCAGGGUCCUGCUGAAUCCCCCUCAGCCUUCUUAGAACGGCUGAUGGAGGCUUUUCGGCAAUUUACACCCUAUGAUCCAAUGUCUGAUGAACAUAAAGCUACAGUGACAAUAGCUUUCAUUGACCAAUCAGCCAGUGAUAUUAAGAGAAAGUUACAGAAGUUAGAUGGAUUACAAGAUAAAUCUUUGAGGGAUUUAGUACAGGUGGCUGAGAAAGUGUACUAUAACAGAGAGACUGAAGAAGAGAAAGAAAAGAGAAAGCAGAAAGAGCAGGAAGCUAGGGAACUAGAGAAAGAAAAGAGACAGGAAAAGAAUUUGACUAGAAUUUUGGCCACAGUAGUUAGAGAAAGUCGAAGGCCAGGUGAAAGGGUACCGGGCAACCGAAGGAGGCCUUUAGAUAAAGAUCAAUGUGCCCAUUGCAGAGAAAAAGGACACUGGGCAAAAGAUUGCCCGAAGAAAAGGGGGGAUAGACCCCGCCGAGCUCGAGAAGAAGCCCCAGAUCACAAAAUACUGGCUUUGGGUGAAGACAGUGACUAGGGAGGACGGGGUUCGGAUCCCCUCCCCGAGCCCAGGGUAACCUUGAGAGUGGAGGGGAAGCCCACCCAGUUCUUGGUGGAUACUGGGGCUCAGCAUUCAGUCCUUCUACAAACUUCGGGCCCAUUGUCUAAUAAGAAGUCAUGGGUCCAGGGAGCUACUGGCAAUAAACAGUAUUCAUGGACCACCCGAAGGACAGUAGACCUUGGUGUGGGCCGGGUGUCCCACUCAUUCUUAGUCAUUCCAGAGUGCCCCUACCCUCUCCUGGGCAGAGAUCUACUUGCAAAGAUUGGAGCACAGAUUCAUUUUCUUCCAGAGGGCCCCCAAAUAAAAGAUAGACAAGGAAAUGUGUUACAUGUGUUGACUGUGAAACUCGAGGAUGAAUACCGCCUCUUUGAUCACUCAAAAGAUAAUCCCUGCGAUAUGGACUGGUGGCUGAACCAGUUCCCCCAGGCAUGGGCGGAAACCGCAGGGAUGGGUGAGGCUAAAAACCAGCCAGCGGUCCAUGUAGAGCUGAAGGCCUCAGCCACUCCUGUGGCAGUACGCCAGUAUCCAAUGAGCAAAGAAGCCCGAGAUGGGAUUAGACCUCAUAUUCUCAGGUUGUUAGAUCUCGGAAUACUUAAAAAAUGCCAGUCAGCAUGGAACACGCCUCUGCUUCCCGUACGAAAGCCAGGCACCAACGACUACCGACCAGUGCAAGAUCUCCGUGAGGUAAACAAACGGGUGACAGACUUACACCCCACAGUACCAAAUCCAUAUAAUUUGUUGAGCUCUCUUCCCCCAGAAAGGACUUGGUACACUGUAUUAGAUCUUAAAGACGCCUUCUUCUGCCUCCGGCUAAGUCCGAAAAGUCAACCCAUCUUUGCUUUUGAAUGGAAGGACCCAGAGACAGGAAUAUCUGGGCAAUUAACAUGGACUCGGCUUCCACAGGGGUUCAAGAACUCCCCUACCAUCUUCGAUGAAGCUCUACACCGGGAUCUCGCCCUGUUCAGAGCAGAAAACCCCCAGGUAACCCUUCUUCAGUUCUUGGACGACCUGCUUCUGGCCGCUCAUGAUAAAGACACAUGCCUCGAUGGAACUCGUCGAUUACUAACUGAACUGGCGAAACUGGGUUACAGAGCCUCUGCCAAGAAGGCCCAGAUCUGCAGAAAACAGGUCAGUUAUUUGGGGUAUCUGCUAAAAGAUGGGAAGCGAUGGCUGUCAGAAGCGAGAAAAGAGACUGUACUUCACAUUCCCCCACCCUCGAAUGCCAGACAAGUGAGGGAAUUCUUGGGGACAGCAGGAUUCUGUCGAUUAUGGAUCCCAGGGUUCGCUGAGAUGGCAGCACCCCUCUAUCCAUUGACCAAAAGUGAUAGACCAUUUGAGUGGGGAGAAAAAGAACAGGCUGCUUUUGACUCCAUCAAGAUGGCUCUAAUGUCAGCCCCUGCCCUGGGACUUCCUGACGUGUCCAAGCCCUUCCACUUAUACGUGGCGGAAAAUGGAGGGGUAGCAAAAGGGGUCCUAACGCAGAAGCUGGGGCCCUGGAAAAGACCAGUGGCAUACCUCUCAAAGAAAUUAGACUCUGUAGCAGCUGGGUGGCCUGCCUGCCUGCGAAUCGUGGCAGCAGUUGCGACCCUAGUCAGAGAUGCUGAUAAGCUGACCCUGGGGCAAGAUUUGGUGGUGACUGCUCCCCAUGCAUUAGAGAGUGUGGUCCGCCAGCCUCCCGAUCGUUGGCUCACUAACGCCCGAAUGACUCACUAUCAGACUUUGUUACUAAAUUCAGACAGGAUCAGUUUCACUCCAGCCACGGGGCUGAACCCAGCCACCCUGCUGCCAGACUCGAAUAUCGGAGCACCAGUUCAUGACUGCCAGCAAGUGCUUGCAGAGGCACACGGCUGGCGAAAGGACUUGAGCGAUCAGCCUCUGGCGGAUGCGGAGGUAACCUGGUAUACUGAUGGUAGCAGCUACCUUGAAAACGGAAAAAGGAAGGCCGGGGCUGCAGUGGUAGAUGGACAAAAGGUAAUAUGGGCACAAACACUACCCGAAGGCACCUCUGCCCAGAGGGCUGAGCUGAUAGCGCUAACAAAAGCCCUGGAACUGGGAAAAGAUAAAAAGGUUAAUAUUUACACAGAUAGUAGAUAUGCCUUUGCUACAGCCCAUGUCCAUGGGGCUAUCUACCAGCAGCGAGGCCUCCUCACGUCAGCUGGAAAGGAAAUCAAAAAUAAGACUGAGAUUUUAGCGCUACUUGAGGCAUUACAUCUGCCCUUUAAAGUGAGCAUCAUCCACUGCCCCGGCCACCAAAGAGAGACCUCUGCGGUUGCAAAAGGAAAUAAUAUGGCUGACAGAGAAGCGAGGAGAGUAGCGGGUGAAACGAUUUUUGCUAUGACUGUGGCAGAAAAUAAAGCCGAACCCGCACCUCCAUUUCAAUAUACAGCCCAAGAUUUAGCCUUAAUGACUGAAAUUGAGAAGGAGUUUGAUAAGGACUUGGGAGUGUGGAAAACCCCAGCUAGAAAAAUAAUUCUGCCCCAAAAAGAGGCAGAGGAGAUGGUAAAACAGAUGCACCAAUGGACUCACCUUGGAGUUAAGAAACUUGUGGCUACUAUGUUAAACACCAAAUUCCACGUACUUGGGCUAACACGGUUGGUUAGAAAUAUUGUACACGCAUGUGUACCCUGUCAAAUGGUAAAUGCCUGCCGAACCAAAGUUGAACCUGGCAAACGCCUCCGAGGGAACAGACCCGGAACUUACUGGGAAGUAGAUUUUACAGAGAUCAAGCCUGCCAGAUAUGGUAAUAAGUACCUCCUAGUGUUUGUAGAUACAUUUUCCGGAUGGACAGAGGCGUUCCCAACAAAGAAAGAGACAGCAGCGGUGGUGGCGAAAAAGAUCCUAGAGGAAAUCUUUCCACGAUUUGGGGUACCUAAGGUAAUUGCCUCGGACAAUGGGCCUGCCUUCGUUGCCCAGGUAAGUCAGGGAGUGGCUAAAUAUCUGGGGAUUGAUUGGAAACUUCAUUGCAUUUACAGACCCCAAAGCUCAGGUCAGGUAGAAAGAAUGAAUAGAAAUCUAAAAGAGACCCUGACUAAAUUAUCCAUGGAGUCUGACGGUACAGAUUGGGUGGUGCUCCUUCCUUUGGCUCUCUUUAGGGUUAGAAACACCCCUUCAAGGUUUAACUUAACUCCAUUUGAGAUCCUGUACGGGGCUCCAGCUCCUCUGGCUACCAUAAAUGAAGUAACUAGACUUACUUGUCAUGGUAACAGUGAUUUAUAUGCUAGGUUAAGAGGACUCCAAGCAGUACAGAAAGAAGUGUGGACCCAGCUGGCCCACGCCUAUGAACCAGGGACCCCAGAGACAUCUCACAGGUUCCAGGUCGGGGACUGCGUCUACGUCCGACGGCACCGCGCCCAAACUUUGGAGCCACGCUGGAAGGGACCAUUUCUGGUGUUGCUAACCACUCCCACUGCUGUGAAGGUUGAUGGAAUAUCGGCUUGGAUCCACGCCUCUCAUGUAAAACCAGCUCCAGAGGGACCAUCGCCUAAGUGGACACUCCGACGCACUCAAAACCCGCUCAAGAUAAAGAUCCAAAGGCAGACUGUAGCUGACCAACAUGAUUCCACCUGA